CUGGGAGACAGGCUGGCAGGCUGGACGGUUCCCCUUGCCUUACUUGACUCACGUCAAGGAGUUUUCAAUGUCUCCCUGGAUACAGGAAAAUCGAGACCUUCGGAGUGGGAGAAUUCCACUUGCUCUGGAGUCAGUGGGUGGAGUUCGAAAAAGAUUGCACAAUGAAUGGCAAACAGGGCUUUCGGGGCCCAGGAAUGGAGAACUGCGCUGAAAGGGGCUGGAAAGGUGGAAACCCCCUCCCUUUUCUCACGGUUAAACAUCUUGAAACAUUGGCGGUCCUGCUUGAUCACCCAGGACUAUUUAAUACUCGGUUGACCCUUAAACAAUGCGGGGGUGGGAUUAUGGGCACCCUCCCCUGCAUAACUUUUGACUCCCCCCAAACUUAACUACACAGUUGCUCUUCCGUAACGAGGGGGCUUGGUUCCAGGACCCCGAAGAUACCAAAAGCGUGCGGAUGCUCACAAGUCCCCUAUAUAAAAUGGCGAAGUUUGUGAUUGGCACAAUGGAAGAAGCUGGAAUAUGCGGGCUAGGGGUGAAAGCAGAUAUGUUGCAUAACUCUCAAUCAAACGAUAUACUUCAGCAUCAAGACUCAAAUUGUGGUGGCACAAGUCACAAACAUUCACUGGAAGAGGAUGAAGGCAGCAACUUUAUAACAAAAAACAGAAGUUUGGUGAGCUCAGCAUACUGCACACAAGAGUCAAGAGAGGCCAUUCCUGGGCAAGAAGCUCGAACUGAUCCCCCCGAUGGUCAGCAAGAUUCAGAGUGCAACAGGAGCAAAGAAAAGACCUUAGGAAAAGAAGUUUUAUUACUGAUGCAAGCCCUAAAUACCCUUUCAACUCCAGAAGAGAAGCUGGCAGCUCUCUGUAAGAAAUAUGCUGAUCUUCUGGAGGAGAGCAGGAAUGUUCAGAAGCAGAUGAAGAUUCUGCAGAAGAAGCAAGCUCAGAUUGUGAAAGAGAAAGUUCACUUGCAGAGUGAGCACAGCAAGGCUAUCUUGGCAAGAAGCAAACUAGAGUCUCUCUGCAGGGAACUUCAGCGUCACAACAAGACAUUAAAGGAAGAAAAUAUGCAGCAGGCCCGAGAGGAGGAAGAAAGACGUAAAGAAGCAACUGCACACUUCCAAAUUACUUUAAAUGAAAUCCAGGCACAGCUGGAACAGCAUGACAUACACAACGCCAAACUCCGCCAGGAGAACAUUGAACUGGGAGAGAAACUGAAGAAGCUCAUUGAGCAGUAUGCACUGAGGGAGGAGCAUAUUGAUAAAGUGUUCAAACACAAGGAGCUACAACAACAGCUUGUGGACGCAAAGCUUCAGCAGACGACGCAGCUGAUAAAGGAAGCUGAUGAAAAACAUCAGAGAGAGAGAGAAUUUUUGUUAAAAGAAGCAACAGAAUCGAGGCACAAAUACGAACAAAUGAAACAGCAAGAAGUACAACUAAAACAGCAGCUUUCUCUUUAUAUGGAUAAGUUUGAGGAAUUCCAGACUACGAUGGCAAAAAGCAAUGAACUGUUUACAACCUUCCGGCAGGAAAUGGAAAAGAUGACCAAGAAAAUUAAAAAACUGGAAAAAGAAACCAUAGUAUGGCGUACCAAAUGGGAAAACAAUAACAAAGCACUUCUACAAAUGGCUGAAGAGAAAACUGUCCGUGACAAAGAAUACAAGGCCUUUCAAAUAAAACUGGAACGAUUAGAGAAGCUGUGCAGGGCUCUUCAGACGGAGAGGAAUGAGCUCAACGAGAAGGUAGAAGUCCUGAAGGAGCAGGUCUCAGGGAAGGUGGCUGACACAGAUCUAGCACCGCGUGUGACACAGCCCUGUACAGCCCUGGCUUCUUCCAAGGAGCUGAACACUGCCCGGCACAGCGCCGCCGGGGUCCCUGCGGAGGUGGUGCCCAAGGCGGCCAAGGAGAGGCUGGUAGCGCACAAGGCCGCGUCGCCGGGCGCUGGGCCAUCCAUCGAGUCGGUGGACUGAUAUGAAGUAUGAUCACUGUAUUGAGAGCUCUAUUUUGUGUAUAACUUUCUCUGUUAGUAGUAACUAUUGGUUUUGUGGUGACAAUUUUCUUACUUUUUCUACCAUAUCUGUAUUUUCUUAGAACUACUGGACUUAUGUGGUACAGGAGGCUGCUUAGCAGUUUUGAAUAGUUUUCCUCAGCUGUAUGGCACAUCUGCCUCAUUUCCCUUCAUUGGAAUGCAUGUCGUCACUGCCUUGUCCUUUCUUCCCCGCUUCAUGCAUAGAAUCAUCCUGAUGAGAAUUUCGCUUAAGACAGGGCCAACCAUUACAGCAGAACUUUGUUCUGACGAUGGUUCCCUGAUGUGAAAGCAAUAUUCAUUUCAACAUCUUACCCCCCCCAUCAAUAUUAAUCAAAAAAAGAAAACACCAAGAUGAUUAGUUUUGUCUAACAGCCCAUUUAAAUGCCAAGUUAAAAAAUAAAAACCUCUAGGGUUGGGGCAGAAACAAACGUAGCAUACUUGAUUCAAAAUAGUUUUUUGAUAAUAUUUAUAUCACUUGACAAAUUGAGAUGGUCAUAAACCUGAAAUUUCUCAAAGUUUUGACAAUAUGUAUAUAAAGAUAUCUUAUAAACAAAAUAGUAUAUACAGGCAAAGCAUUGGACAAAAAGGCUUAACGUUUAUGUAACUAACAACAGUCAUACUGCUUUGGUUUCAGGUUAGUUAGAGCCAGUGGUAUAUUUGGACCACCCGGAUGCUCACUGUGGGGUAGGUGGUCUCUGUUUGUUUUCCAUUUGGGAUUUGGGUACACAUCUUCCAAUUCCCACAGAAAGCAGCCACUUGACAGCCCGUUCAGACAACAAGGGUACAUUAACAUGUGGCUUUCACCAAGCAGAAGUCCCUUCUGGCUACUUGAAAUUGGUGGUCAACUUUUAGGGCAGCCCCAUCCGGGAAGUGCUCCAUUCCCACUGAAACCAAUUUCAUUUCCGAAAUAGAAAGAUUAGAACUGACAUUUUGAACUUUGGUUAAACUUAGCACAGUUCAGUAGUCAAGAUGUAUUACGCAUGCUUUCCAUCUGCUUCUCACCCUUUUCUGUUUUUUAUUUUUAAAGAAAAAAAAUACCAGUAUUAUCAAUGUCUCUACACUCGGAAUGGGGGGACUUUCGAAAUUAAGCACAUCACCUUUGGGUUAAUUUUCCUUUGUUCUUUACAGUGUCGUAUGUAGCUAAGUUAUGCAAAUGAUUAAUCAAGCUGCAAUGACGAGUUUCGAUUUUUUCCCCUAGUAUAAUUUGCAUUGAAAUAUUUAUGAAACAGAAAGGCCCCGCUACAAUUGAUGUUAUUAGCACAUUCCACUGAGCAAAACUAUCAAAUCGACACUUCCUAAAUUGCUUACUGGACUGAAUAAACUCUGUUCUGUCCAGUUAAAAGGGUUUUCUCUUUAUUAAAGUUUUAUUUGUAAAAUCCUAUCCCACUCAUGGCCUAAACUGUGUUGAAAGAAUCGAAAAUUGUCCAGUAGAGAGGAAACAACUCCUCGAGUGGAGGAUUAUAUCUAAGCUUCCACCAUCCGUCAUGUUAAUCAGUGGACCAGACGGUGGAGAAAAAUCCACAAAGAUCAUCUAAUCACUCUGUCCAAAUGAGCUGGAAGCAGAAACAAACAUACCCUCCCCAACAAAAGCUUCUUAUAAAUUACCCCCCUUUGGCUUCUAAAUGAAAUAUUGGACUCAUUUCCCAGAGAGGAAAUGAAGGUUUAUGUAUCAGAAAUACCUACUUUAAAAUUUGUACUAAUGAUCACAUUUCACAAGAAUUCUGCUGGAUGUACAGCUCUUAACAUUUUAAGCCAUUUGUGUAGCCCACCACAUCUCACUGUGGUCCUUGUCUGUGUGGAAGAUUGUAAAUCUUGGACUUGUCGCCUAAUUUCAAGGGCUUUAUAAAGCAAUGUGAUUACAGUACUUAGCCUGCUGUUUUUGGCUUCCUACGUAUUCCUAGCUAGAUGCUACCAUGGUGUUUAAAGGAUAUGGAUUCUGUCUGGGAUGCGUUUGGUGUCCUUUCAGAAUCGGUCUUCCCAUUAUCCUGUGAUUAAAAAUAAAUGGCACCCUGAGAAGGACACCUUCCUAAAGCAAUCACCUCAUCGGCCCUGUGUUGUGGCUUUGUAGCACGCUGUUGUACCUUCCAUAUUCUAGAACACUGUAGUGCUACUAGGCUGGUCCAAAAAAGGUUUAAAUGUCAAAUUCACUUCAGUUGCAUUUGUUGCACCAUCAUGGAAUCUUGGUGUGUAUUAUUUAUAGUGGCAGUAGAGAAAACCUGGUUCUUGGAUGAUGGACCAUUUCAUCCUCAGACUUGUAGGAGUACAUUUCUUGGUCUCAAGACCAGUAUUUUUAGUUAUGUAUGCAACUGCCUUUACUACACCUGGUUAUCACAAUUCAAUUCUCAGGUGUUGCAGAAAAAUCUACCUCUUUCAGAUUGUAGAUGGAAAUAACUGUGAAAAAUGAUGCAGAUAAUCUUCUAGUUUGUGCUAAACACACUGCUUUAUUUUUACAGCCGUCUUUCAUGAGGAUACGAAUUGUUAAGAGGCAGUCUUGUUUUGCUUUUCAAAGACAUUUUGUAGAGAUUUUUCACUAAUGUGAAUCUGAUUUUAUCUACUCAAUUCUGUAGAUUAAGUAAAUAUGUAUGAUAAAUUGAA